AUGUCCAGUGACACAAAGACGACAGAAGCUGCUGACGACCUUCUGGACACUGGAAAUGUCCUGAGUAAGGCGGUGCAGCUAUCCACCCAGAGCCAUCCUGAGGUGUGCAAUGGAGAGGCUGAGCUGUGCAGCGGUCCUGAGGUGUGCAGUGGAGUGCCUGGGGUGAGCAGUGGAGGGCCUGGGGGUUGCAGUGGAGUGCCUAUGGUGUGCAGUGGAGUGCCUGAGGUGUCAAACGCAGUGGAAGAGGUGUCCAAUGACACAAAGACGACAGAGGCUGCUGAAGACCUUCUGGACACUGGAAAAGUCCUCAGCAAGGUGGUGAACCCCAAAGGGUGGAUGAAGCAGGACUGGGAAGAUCAGCUGACCAGAGACUUCAAUGAUAUGAUUGCAAAAGUCCCAAAGUCCUAUUUCGGAUCCACCGAGAGCCUUCCUGAGGUGUGCAGCAGAGGUCCCGAGGCGUCAAACGCAGUGGAAGAGGUGUGCAGUGACACAAUGAAGAUAGAGGCUACUGGAAAUCUUCUGAAAACUGGAAAUGGCCUAAGCAAGGUGGUGCUCCUAUCCACUGAGAGCCGUCCUGAGGUGUGCAUUAGAGUGCCUGAGGUGUUCAGUGGAGGUCCAGAGGUAUGCAGUGGAGAUUCUGAGGUGUGCAGGGAAUGUCCUGAGAUGUUCACAAGGUGGUAA